UGUGUUCCACCAGCAUUGUGUGUGUGUUGUGUGAUUCCCCGAGUCUGCAGCGCGCGUAGUGGACAAUCCCGGUACUGCAGGGGAUCAGCAGCUCCCGGAACGCGGAAGCAUUCUGAAUCAGGAAGUGCUGGAGUUAACAUGGCUUCGAAAGGAGAGACCGAGAGUUUGAGCGAGGAGGUGAUUUGUCCCGUCUGCCUGGAUUUCUUCACCGAUCCGGUUACACUGGAGUGUGGACACAACUUCUGUCGGUCUUGUAUCACACGGUGUUGGGAAAGGGAGGAGAGAAACUCCUGCCCGGAAUGUAGAGAGGAGUUUGCUGACCGUACCCUCAGGGUGAAUCGGGCCUUAGCAAAUCUGGCUGAAAAAUUUCGAAAUCUAAACCUGAAUCCGAAAGGGAAGGAAAGUAAACGUCACUGCGAGGAACAUGAGGAAGAAUUGAAGCUGUUUUGUGAAACGGACAGGACACUGAUCUGUCUGGUCUGUAGAGACGCGCAGGAGCACAGAGAGCACCGCUUCAUGCCGAUUAAAGAAGCUGUUAAAAUCUACAAGGAUCAGCUAAAAUCUUCCUUAGACUCUCUCACAAAAAAGAAAUCAGACUUCCAGGGAAAGGAGCAGCAACAGAAAGAGAAGAUUUCCGGAGUUCGGGAACAGUCACACAGCCUUCAGUCCCACAUCACAUCCCAGUUUGCUGAACUGCGCCAGAUUAUCACUGAGAAAGAGCAGAGCUUACUCAGGGAUCUCAGGGAAGAGGAGAAGAGGAUUCUCAACCCAAUGGAGAAAAAUCUUCUGGCUCUUCAAGAGAAUAUAAGGAUUAUUCAGGAGGAAAUCACAAAGUUAAAGGAACAGAUGGAUCAAAAAGACAGUGUGAUAUUUCUCAAGGAGGAAGCUCGUCGGAACAGGAGGAUUAAUGACGAUGUCCAGGAAUUAGCAGUGACAGAUGAGACCCUACCAGUUGAAAACUUCGAUCACCCCUAUUUGUUGAACACAGUGCUGAGAGAAACGCUUGAUGCUAUUAAUCGAGAUGCUGCCCGACCCGCUGAGUUCCUCCAGCAGCUCGUUUUUUUAAUCUUUCUCCAGGUCUAAGAGAGUCAGAGUGGAGUGCAAAACGGUGAAUAAGUAAACAGUGAAAACAUGCCAUUAAACUGGGGAUGCGGAGAGAAUAUUGUGCUGUGAGGAGAGAGAUUCAGUGGUGAUGACCGACCUGUGGUUGCAGGAAAAAGCACAGGACUGGACAUUCUACGUCACAGGGUGGAAAAUGUUAUUUUUUUCGGUAAGGUACUGAUUUCAACAGCCCUUCGUGAGAAAAACUUCGUGACUUGACCCAUGUCUGUCCUGUCUCCAGUAAAAGGCCUGGUCUCCUUCACGCUGGAUACUGAUCAGAUGUUGAUACUUUUAUUGUAUCAAAAUAAGCUUUAUAAGCUUUAUUCAGAAUGAUAAAACAAUAGUCAAUAGACAAUAGGUACAGAAGUAGCCCAUUCGGCCCUCCGAUCCUGCUCCGCCAUUUUGAGAUCAUGGCAGAUCAACUCCUAUCAAUACCCGGUUCCUGCCUUGUCCCCAUAUCCCUUGAUUUCCCUAUCCUUGAUACCUAUCUAGCUCCUUCUUGAAAGCAUCCAGAGAAUUGGCCUCCAAUACCUUCCGAGGCAGUGCAUUCCAGACCCCCACAACUCUCUGGGAGAAGAAGUUUUUCCUUAACUCUGUCCUAAAUGACCUACCCCUUAUUCUCAAACCAUCCCCUCUGGUACUGGACUCUCCCAGCAUCUGGAACAUAGUUCCUGCCUCUAUCUUGCCCAAUCCCUUAAUAAUCUUAUAUGUUUCAAUCAGAUGCCCUCUCAAUCUCCUUAAUUUCAGCGUGUACAAGCCCAGUCUCUCUAACCUCACUGCGUAAGACAGUCCAGACAUCCCAGCAAUUAACCUCGUGAAUCUACGCUGCACUUCCUCUUCAGCCAGGAUGUCCUUCCUUAACCCUGGAGACCAAAACUGUACGCAAUACUCCAGGUGUGGCCUCACCAGGGCUCUGUACAAAUGGAAGAGGAUUUCCUUGCUCUUGUACUCAAUUCCCUUUGUAAUAAAGCCCAACAUUCCAUUAGCCUUCUUCACUGCCUGCUGCACUUGCUCAUUCACCUUCAAUGACUGAUGAACAAGGACUCGAGAUCUCUUUGUAUUUCUCCCUUACCCAACUCUACACCGUUCAGAUAAUAAUCUGCCUUCCUGUUCUUACUCCCAAAGUGGAUAACCUCACACUUAUUCACAUUAAACGCCAUCUGACAAGUAUCUGCCCACUCACCCAGCCUAUCCAAGUCACCCUGAAUUCUCCUAACAUCCUCAUCACAUGUCACACUGCCACCCAGCUUAGUAUCAUCAGCAAACUUGCUGAUGUUAUUUUCUAUGCCUUCAUCCAAAUUGUUAACGUAAAUGGUAAACAUCUGUGGUCCCAAUACCGAGCCCUGUGGCACCCCACUAGUCACCACCUGCCAUUCCGAGAAACACCCAUUCACCGCUACCUUUUGCUUUCCAUCUGCCAAACAGUUUUCAAUCCAUGUCAAUGCCUUCCCCCGAUGCCCUGAGCUUUGAUUUUACCCAACAAUCUCGUAUGUGGGACCUUAUCAAAUGCCUUCUGAAAAUCGAGGUACACUACAUCCACUGGAUCUCCCCCAUCUAACCUCCUGGUUACAUCCUCCAAAAACUCCAACAGUUUAGUCAAGCAUGAUUUACCCUUGGUAAAUCCAUGCUGGCUCGGCCCAAUCAUAUCACUCUAUCUAGAUAUGCCACUAUUUCAUCCUUAAUAAUGUACUCUAGCAUCUUUCCCAACACCGAUGUCAGGCUGACAGGUCGAUAGUUCUCUGUUUGCUCCCUCCCUCCUUUCUUAAAAAGUGGGAUAACAUUAGCCAUUCUCCAAUCCUCAGGAACUGAUCCUGAAUCUAAGGAACAUUGGAAAAUGAUUACCAAUGCAUCCGCAAUUUCCAGGGCCACCUCCCUUAGUACCCUAGGAUGCAGACCAUCUGGACCUGGGGAUUUGUCAGCCUUCAGUCCCAUCAUUCUUCUCAUCACCGUUUCCUUCCGAAUGUCAAUCUGUUUCAUUUCCUCUGUUACCCUAUGUCCUUGGCCCAUCCAUACAUCUGGGAGAUUGCUUGUGUCUUCCUUAGUGAAGUACUCAUUAAAUUCUUCUGCCAGUUCUCUGUUUCCCACGACAAUUUCACCCAAUUCAUUCUUCAAGGGCCCAACAUUGUUCUUAACUAUCUUCUUUCUCUUCACAUCGCUAAAAAAGCUUUUGCUAUCUUCCUGUAUAUUCCUAGCUAGCUUGCGUUCAUACCUCGUAUUUUCUCCCCGUAUUGUCUUUUCAGUUAAGUUCUGUUGCUCCUUAAAAACUUCCCAAUCAUCUGUCCUCCCACUCACCUUAGCUCUGUCAUAUUUCCUUUUAUUUAAUGCUAUGCAGUCUCUGACUUCCUUUGUCAACCACUGAGGCCCCUUUCCCCCCUUUGAAUCAUUCCAUCUCUGGGGGAUGAACUGAUUUUGCACCUUGUGCAUUAUUCCCAAGAAUACUGGGAAUUGCUGUUCCACUGUCUUUUCUGCUAGGCUAUCCAUCCAGUCAACUUUGGCCAGCUCAUCCCUCAUGGCUCCAUAGUCUCCCCUGUUCAACUGCAACACUGACACCUCGGAUCUGCCCUUAUCCUUCUCAAAUUGCAGAUAAAAGCUUAUCAUAUUGUGAUCACUACCUCCUAAUGGCUCCUUCACUGCGAGAUCGCUUAUCAAAUCCUGUUCAUUACAUAACACUAAAUCCAGAAUAGUCUUGUCCCUGGUCGGCUCUCGUACAAGUUGUUCCAAGCAUGCAUCCCGUAGGCACUCUACAAACUCCCUAUCCUGUGGUCCAGCACCAACCUGAUUCUCCCAGUUCACCUGCAUGUUGAAAUCCCCCAUAACUGCUGCGACAGUACCUUUGCCACAUGCCAAUGUUAACUGCCUAUUCAACUUGCACCCCAUAUCCAUGCUACUGUUUGGUGGCCCGUAGACAACACCCAUUUGGGUCCUUUUGCCCUUACUGUUCCUCAGUUCUAUCCACAAAGGCUCUACUUCUCCUGACCCUAUGUCCCCCCUUGCAAAGGACUGAAUCUCAUUCCUCACCAACAGGUCCACCCCACCCCCUCUGCCCACAUUUCUGUCCUUACGAUAGCACGUAUACCCUUGCACAUUCAUUUCCCAGGUUUGAUCUCCCUGCAGCCAUGUCUCCAUUAUCCCUACAUGGACCACAACAUCUGGAUUCUCGCCCUCCCUCUCGAAAAUAACCUGCACCCGAUCUGAGCUGUCUCGGACCCCGGCACCAGGGAAGCAACAUACCAGCCGAGACUCCCGAUCUUCCCCACAAGAUCUCCUAUUCGCCCUCCUGACUAUAGAAUCCUUUAUCAAUACCGCUCUCUUCUCUUCCCUCCUCCACUUCCUAGUCACGGGUCCAACCUCAGUGCCAGAGAUAGGACCAGUUCAGCUUGUUCCUGGUAGGUCAUUCCCACCAACAGUAUCCAAAACGGUAUACUUAUUGUUGAUGGGAACGGCCACAGGGUUUCUCUUCUCUCUCUGUCUGCUCCCCCUGCCUCUCUUGACUGUCACCCAUUUGCCUACUUCCUGUUUUUUCGGUGUGACUGCCUCCCGAUAACUCUUAUCUAUCUCUGCCUCCACCUCCCGAAUGAUCCGUAGUUCAUCCAGCUCCUGCUCCAAUUCCCUAACUCGGUCUGAUAGGAGCUGCAGCUGGAUGCACCUAUUGCAGGUGUGGUCAUCAGGGACAACUGUGUUGACCCUGACCUCCCACAUACUGCAUACAGAGCACACCACUGCUCUAACUGUCUCCCCCAUUACCUGAUCCCAGAUUAGUCAGAAUAAAUGAAAAGCACGUACUCAUACUCACCGAUUUCCUCUCUCCGAAGUCCUCUUGCGCCGAAGCCCGCUGAGCCAAAGCCCAGCACUCUGCUCCUGCGCACUCGGCUGCCCGCUCCUGAAAGUGGGCCGCUUUUUAAAGCCCGCGCCCGUCACCCGCGCUUGCGCAGCUUUACCUUCUUCCUCACGUAUUCUCCGGGUAGGCCCGAGGGUCUCGGCCGACGUACAACGUGCCAAUACCUUUACGCAAUGAAUUUACAUUCGUUCUUUAUGGGGUAUUCUGUUGUCUGUUGACGCUCAUGCGCCCCCUGGGGUGGUGGCCAACACGGCCUCUCCCAGUCGAGCAGUAGAGGGACCCGAUAGUUCCAAUGGUGUCCCUGUAGUCUGGAAUGUGCCAGUCGGCAGCAUUUCUGUACGACAGGGAUUCCCAAACAUUAUUAUGCCAAAGACCAAUACCAGUAACCGUGGACCCCAGGUUGGGAAGUGCUGAUCUCCGGACAUCUCGGUGUGAUGGCAGGCCAACAAGUUUCGGGCAUCUUUCCCUGAGUUUCCCCGAUCUUCCAGCAGCAUUCGCUGUCCGUUUUCCAGCGCGCCCUGGGAACAGCCCGAGGAUCAGUGAGCCUUCUGUCACGCAGCUGCUGUGGCACAGGCCCUUGCAUCUUUCUCCACAGAUCUUCGCCAGCCCACAGUCCGCAAAGAGGCGAGUGACCGUCUCGUCUCCACUGCAGUAAUCUCGGGGCAGCGCGCUGCGGGAGUGAUCUCCGGGCAUGCAGCAAGGAUCAGACUGGGAGGGGCCCUCUCGUCUCCACUGCAGUAAUCUCGGGGCAGCGCGCUGUGGGACUGAUCUCCGGGCAUGCAGCAAGGAUCAGACUGGGAGGGGCCCUUUCGUCUCCACUGCAGUAAUCUCGGGGCAGCGCGCUGUGGGAGUGAACUCCGGGCAUGCAGCAAGGAUCAGACUGGGAGGGGCCCCCUCGCCACCAGACAGGCGAGGUCUUGGUGCCUGUUGGUGAGAUCUGGUGAUGAGGCAUUCUGCCAGAUGGUUUGCACUGUCUGCUCAGGGAACCACUCCACUUCUCCUGCAGUAACUGCAGGACAUAAUGUGCUGACCACUGUCUGGUGUUCUUGUGGUGAAAGCUGCUGGUCUGAAAGAACUGUCACCAAUUUCAUUAACACAGGGUUCACAUGGAGAAGCUUCCUGACUGAGACAGACACGGUCUAACAGGGUAUUUACAGGAUAGGGGCAGGAAUGAUGAUUCUCCUGGCUGGGCAGUGGAACAAGGGGUCACAGUCUCAAAAUCCGUGAUCACCUCAGCACUGAGCUGAGGAGAACUUUCCCCAACACAGUGCGAUGAAUAUUUGGAGUUUUCUCCACAAGUUUUCUAAAUUAAACGGACACACUUAGGGGCUCGGCGAUGUUGGGAACGUUGCAGGAAAGUGGCGCUGAGGUCAAAUAUCAGCCAUGUUCUGAGUGAGGGGCAGAACAGUGCAACGGGCCGAAUGGCAACGCCUUCUCUUGUUUCUUAUUUUCUAUAUCAUGAGUUUCCCUUUACGCCUUGUUCUCCCUUGGCCUUCCGCCCGUCGGAUCGCACAGGGGAGCGGUGAGAGCUCCGGAGAUCCAUCGGCAGCCGCUGCGGUUAUUUCAUGCUCUUGUUAUUUAUCCUGUUUCUGUAUUUGCAUUCGCACAGUUUGUAACCUUCAGCUCUCUGGCUGAUCUUUCACUGCCUGCUUCUGUUAUGUUUACUAUUCUAUACUUUUUCUAAGUAUGUCCGCAGGAAGAUGCUUCUCGGGGUUGUAUGUGGUGACUUAUCUGCACUCUGAUAAUAAAAUUUAUUUUUGAAAUUUGA